AUGUCUCGCAAAAAACUUUCCAAACUUUGCCAUGUACGCGUUAGAACGCAACAAAAUCGAGCCUUCCGAACGUCGAGAUCUCUCCGUCCAUCCUACAACCAAAUGCGCGGUACCUCCCACCCAUCCACUCCUCGCGAACCAACACUUUUCGAUCCUAUCGAGAGUGACCAAAAAGCCUGUCGUCUCCGCGGUAACCAAACACGCACCGCUCCCGCCCGCACCCUCGUCACCGCUCCCGCCCACACCAUCGUUCCUGGUCCCUCCUGCACCAUCAUCCGAUCAACUCCUCGUUUCUCAGAACUUUUCCCUAUAUUGAAUAUCACACCUCAUGAAUUCCUUUGCGGGCCAAUGUUCUCUAUGUGGAGAAUGUGGAGACACCCCCAACAAGAGGAGGAUAUCGACCAAAUGUGCGAAUAUCUUUAUAGGUCGGAACCGAAACUCCUUCCUACUCCUUGGAAGGUCGAUGAUCUUCUUGCGCAUGUUAUUGAAAAUGAUUGUAAUUUUCAUUGCAGUAGGGAGGAGAAAGAGGAGGAGAUUGAGAAGUGGUUGGAUGAGGUCGAGGAAGUGGAUUUCGUGGGACGUGAUUAG